GAACCUGCACUUGAUAUGACCACUAUUUCGACUUUAAAUACUAUCACUGAAGGUGACCAGCAGGUUGUACUGGGUCUCGAUGACAAUCACCGGAUAGAAAUUUUCCAACCUUCGCUCAACAAAAAGCUGUACCUGUGUAGCUUGGGAUGGGAUGACAAUGAUGCUGGAGUGUUCUGUAGAUCUCGUAACAAAACAUGGAUAGGAAAUGCUAAGUUUGUUGACAAGUUGUCGGAAAUACCAACUCAACCUUAUUCAAUGCAAUGCGAUGGAAAUGAAUCUAAUUUGUUAGCAUGCAAUUUUACAGAAGAUGAAAACGGUUGUAAUAAGACUAUCGUAGCCGGUGCCGUAUGCAGGCAAGGGACCAACAUACCAGCGGAAGGUGUUAGGAAUACUUCUUCAAACAAAUUGACCUCAGUAAAAUCAGGAUUUCCAACCAUAGGAGUUGCUGUAGGAGUACCGGUUGGUAUAAUUUGCAUGAUCUGCAUUAUUGUUGCCGUCGUGCUCAUCAGACGAAAAUGUAUACUUGAAAAUUCGGAUAAAAAAUUCUCAAACUUCAUGAGUAAUGCAACAGGUGAGAACUACUUAGGUCAGCAAGAUAUAGCACUCCCUCAGUAUCCAACAAACAACAAGGUAUUGUACAGCCAGGUUCAAAAGCACGACACAGACACGACAAAGAACGAGGACGGACAGGAUUGUAGUCAUCCGUCCAAAGACACAGAAUCCCCGUAUGCCCUAUCUGAGGAAGGGGUAUAUGACAAGACAGAUGAUAGAAGGCAUGUUGUUAAUGAUACAGACAUGUAUAGCCGUACUGUUGAUACCGUGUAUGAUUCUGCUGAACAACACAUUAAAGAAGAUAGAAAAGAGGAAACCUAUGAUCAUUUCUUCGGUCAGAAAACGGAAGAUUAUUAUGAUCAAACGACAAGAACAUAAAUUGAAAUACUUAAAACUGCGAUGUUUAAAGAAUCUCUUGCACCAUUCAUAGCGAUUUAUAUACAUUGCAAAAGACUCAACAAAUGAAAGUAGUGGUAGUAGAAGGGUUACACGCAUGAAUUUGUCCGUCGGAUAUAGCAGUGACCAAAAAUAUAACUCAGAAGAAAAUUUAAACAAUGAGUUAAAUUGAUUGUACAUAUUAGCUUUAAGAAGCGGUUGGUGCAUGUACAUUUGUUAAUUAUAUAUAGUUAUGUUUUUUGUCAGUUCGUCUUUCCAAUGUUUGUGUCGGUUGCUUUUACUGUUCUGUCUAUGUUUAUACAUAUCCAUUUGAGGUGACUCGAUACUAACACAUACCGUCAUUAGG